AGAUAUAUAAGACUUCCAGGACAUUGGAGAUAUUCAUCUAUCCUUUUAUGGUGAAGGCUGGGUACCCGAGAACAACCAUGGAGUGGAAAAUACUUCCCAUGUCCUUGCUGCUGCUUUCUGUUUUCCUGAUUCAGCAAGUUUCUUCUCAAGAUAAAUCAAGCUGUGCAGGGAGAUGCGGGGAAGGGUAUUCUAGAGAUGCCCCCUGCAGCUGUGACUAUAACUGUCAACACUACAUGGAGUGCUGCCCUGAUUUCAAGAGAGUCUGCACUGUGGACCUUUCCUGUAAAGGCCGCUGCUUCGAGUCCUUUGCCAGAGGCAGGGAGUGUGACUGUGACUCAGAAUGUAAGAAGUACGGCAAGUGCUGUCCGGACUACGCCGCUUUCUGCGAAGAAGUGCAUAACCCCACAACACCGCCGUCCCCAAAGACUGCGCCUCCGCCUGCGGGAGCACCUCAGUCCGUCAAAUCAACAACCAAACGUUCACCCAAAUCCGCAGACAAGAAGAAGACUAAGAAAGUUAUAGAAUCAGAGGAAAUAACAGAAGAACAUUCUGUUUCUGAAAAUCAAGAGUCUUCCUCCUCCUCUUCCUCUUCCUCUUCAAGUAUUCGGAAAUUCAAGUCUUCCAAAAAUUCAGCUGCUAAUAGAGAAUUAAAGAAGAAACCCAAAGUAAAAGACAGCAAGAAACCACCUCCUAAAAAGAGACCUGCCCCGCAACCACCAGUUGUAGACGAAGCCGGAAGUGGACUGGACAAUGGUGAUUUCAAGCCCACCUCAACUCCUGAUACGCCUACCACCGAACGCAGUCAAGUUACCACAACCUCCAAGGUUACAACAGUGACAACGAAAAAUUCUAAACCCAGUCCACCGCCUAAUUCUGAAACAUCCAAAGAGACUUCGACAGCCAAUAAGGAGACAACAGUUGAAACUAAAGAGACUUCUAUAACUAAAGAGACUACAACGAGUGCAAAAGAGACGACUACUUCAAGUAAAGAGACAGUAAGUGCAGGAAAAACAUCUGUUAAAGAUUUGGUAACUACAUCCGUUUCUGCUAAAUCUACCACCGAAGUUGAAACUACAACCAAAUCUCUUACUCCUACCACCCCUCAAAAGCCUUCUCCCACCACUCCCUCCAAGAAGCCUGAGUCCACAACGCCCAAGAAGCCCGAGCCUACCACGCCCAAGAAGCCCGAGCCUACCACGCCCAAGAAGCCCGAACUCACCACCCCCAAGAAGCCCGAACUCACCACCCCCAAGAAGCCCGAGCCCACCACCCCCAAGAAGCCCGAGCCCACCACCCCCAAGAAGCCCGAGCCCACCACCCCCAAGGAGCCCGAGCCCACCACCCCCAAGGAGCCCGAACCCACCACCCCGAAGGAGCCCGAGACCACCACCCCUAAGGAGCCCGAGCCAACCACCCCCAAGAAGCCCGAGCCCACCACCCCCAAGAAGCCCGAGCCCACCACCCCCAAGAAGCCCGAGCCCACCACCCCCAAGAAGCCCGAACCCACCACCCCCAAGAAGCCCGAACCCACCACCCCCAAGAAGCCCGAGCCCACCACCCCCGAGGAGCCCGAGCCCACCACCCCCGAGGAGCCCGAGCCCACCACCCCCGAGGAGCCCGAGCCCACCACCCCCGAGGAGCCCGAGCCCACCACCCCCGAGGAGCCCGAGCCCACCACCCCCAAGAAGCCCGAACCCACCACACCCAAGAAGCCUGAACCCACCACCCCCAAGAAGCCUGCUCCAACUUCUCCCAAGACACCUGCUCCAACUACCCUGAAGGCUUCUACUCCAGCAACCACCACGGAGCCUCCCACUCCUCCCAAGAGUCCUGCUGCAUUCACUCCUGAGUUUCCUGCAGAACCCACUGCAGAGGCUCUUGAAAACAGUCCCAAGGAGCCUGCUGUACCUACAACCAAAGCUCCUGAAGGAACCAAACCUGAAAUGACUACCACAGAGAAGGGUAAGACAACAGAAAAAGCCACGCACACCACAACUGAAAUUACAACUGCUACAUCAAAGAGUACAACAGCAGAUACAGCAACUCCAACAGAAGAAAAGACCACUGAAUCCAAAAAAACUACAACCGUGAAGGUAACAACUACUACAACCAAGGAUACCACGACAUCAUCCAAAGUUACUCCUAAGGAAACAACUCCUGCUUCCAAGGUGACGACUAUGACAAAAAAGACAACUACUACAACUGAAGAGUCUAUGAAUACGCCUGAAGAGACAACAACGACAUCAGAAUAUAUAGCUACUAAUUCUAAAAUAACUUCUAAACUCCCAAAUCCAACAGAAGCGCCCCAAACGCCCACUUCUACCAAAAAGCCAAACACAACACCCGCAGUGCGAAAACCAAAGCCGACACCAUCUCCUCCAAAGAUGACUACAUCAACUGUGCCUACGCUGAACCAAGCCUCUUCGGAGAAAACCACGCUCCAAACCACCUCCAGCUCUGACCGGGCUCCCAACUCAGAAGCGGUUGAAGAAAAUCCCAAAAAUGAAGAUGCAAAUACUGCUGAAGGAGAACCUUCUGUGAUCCUCAGGCCCCAGGUGUUAACUCCUAUCGUUAUUCCAGGCACUGAUUUCAUAGUGAGAGGACCCAACCAGGCUAUUGGCAUCAACCCCAUGCUCUCAGAUGAGACUAAUUUAUGCAAUGGUAAGCCGGUAGACGGACUGACUACGCUGGCCAAUGGGACAUUAGUUGCAUUUCGAGGUCACUAUUUCUGGAUGCUUAAUCCAUCCAGUCCACCAUCUCCUCCUCGUAGAAUUACUGAAGUUUGGGGUAUUCCCUCCCCCAUCGAUACUGUUUUUACUAGGUGCAACUGUGACGGAAAAACUUUCUUCUUUAAGGAUUCUCAGUACUGGCGUUUCACCAAUGAUAUACAAGACCCUGGGUAUCCCAAACAAAUUGUAAAAGGAUUUGGAGGACUAACAGGAAAAAUAGUGGCAGCUCUUUCAAUACCUAAAUAUAAGGACAGACCCGAAUCUGUGUACUUUUUCAAGAGAGGGGGCCGAGUGCAGCAGUAUAUUUAUAAACAGGAACCCAACAGGAAGUGUGCUGCUAGAAGGCCUGCUAUCCAUUAUCCAGUGUUUGGAGAAACAACACAGAUUAGGAAACGUCGUUUUGAACGGGCUAUCGGACCUCAAACACACACCAUCAGAAUUCAAUACACACCUGUCAAAGUCCUCUAUCAAGAAAAAGGUUUCCUCCUUGGUGAAGAGCAAGUGAGUUCACUGUGGAGGAGGCUUCCCAGUGUGGUGACUUCUGCCGUGUCACUACCCAACAGCCGAAAACCCGAUGGCUACGAUUACUAUGCCUUUUCUAAUGAUCGAUACUACAACCUCGAUGUGCCCAGGAAGACAGUAACAGCCAUCGCAAGACCUGUCACUACUCGCUCUGGGCAGACCUUAUCCAAUGUCUGGUACAACUGUCCUUAGACUGGUGAGCAGAGGAAGAGAUAAUGAAAAUGAAGAAAAGAAUGAUAAAUUUUGACAAUGAAAACAAAAAAUGAUAACUUUUGACACUGAAAUACAUUUUAUUAAUAAAGAAGGUUGAGA